CUAUUUUAGGGUUGUUUUGAGGGCGAGUGGAUCGUCUGAGCUCAGCCAGUUGUUUGGGGACGCCUUGAUCUAAUCGGUAUUUGUCGCUGGAGACGAAUGUGUACCGAAUACCUGCAAAAUGUGAAGCUUCGGAGUCUAUCGGCAUAUUUUAUUAGACAAAAUUUCUAGUCAGAAGGAUUAAACUCUAGUUUUUGGGGUAUUUCUGGGUUAACGCCGUUCCUGUGUGCAUGUUCUGCAUCGCAUCGUAGUUUGGUUAAGCACCGGGUGUCUGGAUGGAUAUCUGCGCACAUGACAGGCUAGACCGCUUCAUAUAGAAUAAAAAUCUCUCAAAUAUUUAAACCUUUAAUUUCGGAUUGACAGAAGAAAUCCAGGUUCGAUAAGUAAAUCUAAACGUGUAGUCCCGUUUGCUCUCGUAUGUUUUCUCUCGGAGUUCCUCCCCCUGCGGCGCUGGGCGGAGUUUCAUACCGAACCAGACGCUCCUUUUGUCGGAUCCGUUUCGACUCGACUCCCCGGGGUUUACGGCUGAAAAAUACCACAGUUUAUACCAGAUAUUUACACCAAAUGUGCUUAGGUCGAGUGUUAUACUAAUCGCCAAGACCGUCUGUCACGAAGUGGUGCGAAAGGGUUUGAGGCUUUGUGAAGCUCCACUCUGGCAUAUUUGGUCAGAGCCACCUCGACUGAGUCGUCAUGAAUGGCAGUAACAGUGUGAGUGGCACCCAGACUGGGCGGAUACAGCUCGAGACAGAUGUCAAUUCAUGGAGUAAGGAGGAUUGUCUGACUCUGCUGGAGAGAAUCCGGAAUAUGUUGCCAGACGGAGACACGCUGAAAUACAAGACCACCGAGUCUCAUUUUGACUGGGACAAAGUGGGUUUUGGAAACUACACCGGAGUCAUGUGCAAACAGAAAUGGCAGAAGGUUUCUACAGAGGUGCGGAAAUACAGGACGAUGACGGAGCUUAUCGUCGAUGCAAUAGAAUUUGUAAAGAACCCUUACAAAGGAAAGAAACUGAAGACACAUCCGGACUUCCCGAAGAAGCCCCUCACACCUUACUUUCGUUUCUUUAUGGAGAAGAGAGCCAAGUAUGCAAAAAUUCACCCAGAGAUGAGCAACCUAGAUCUCACAAAGAUCCUCUCCAAAAAAUACAAAGAGCUUCCAGAGAAGAAGAAGCUCAAAUACAUUCAGGAAUUCCAGAGGGAGAAGGAGGCUUUUGAGAAGAAUAUGGCCCGCUUCAAAGAGGAUCACCCUGAACUUAUAGAAGAGCGCAAGAAAUCAGACCUUCCAGAGAAACCCAAGACCCCUCAGCAGCUUUGGUACAACCAUGAAAAGAAGGCCUUCAUGAAGCUCCACCCAGAAGUAAGUCAGAAGGAACUGAAAGAAGCUUUACGCCGUCAGUGGUCUCAGCUUUCAGAUAAGAAGCGACUGAAAUGGAUCAGCAAAGCCCUGGAGCUCCAGAAAAACUAUGAGGGCAGUAUGAGAGCGUACCAUGAAGCGCACCCGGAUUCAAACUCAGAUGAGCACAUCAAGUCCGUCUUAACCAAAGCCGAACGACAGCUCAAGGACAAGUUUGACGGGCGGCCGACUAAGCCACCACCGAACGGCUAUUCUCUAUACUGCGCUGAGCUGAUGGUGAACAUGAAGGAUGUGCCGAGUACAGAGAGGAUGGUGCUGUGCAGCAAGCAGUGGAAAAUUAUGACCCAGAAGGAAAAGGACAUGUUCCAGAAACGAUGUGAACAGAAAAAGAAGCAGUAUGAGGUUGAUCUUCAGAGAUUCCUGGAGACCCUGCCAGAUGAGGAACGGGAUCGAGUACUGACCGAGGAGAAGCUGGGAGGCACCAAGCUCAGUAUGCUCUGCAGUGCUUUUGGUGCUAAAUCCCCUGUAAGCAAGGACCGCAGCCGUGACCCAGUGGUAGACCAGUGGGCGCAUGGCCAGACAAAAGAUAAGAGGGAUGGAAAGAAGAAGGCACAGCUCCCGGAGACUCCCAAAACUGCUGAGGAGAUGUGGCAGCAGAGCGUGAUAGGAGACUACCUGGCCAAAUACAGGAAUGAUCGGAAAAAAGCACAGAGCGCCAUGGAGGCUACCUGGAAAGCCAUGGAGAAAAAGGAGAAGAUCCCAUGGAUUAAAAAGGCUGCCGAGGACCAGAAGCGAUACGAGGUUCAGUACCGGACCGUGAGGGAGCUGGUCGAGAUGAGAACGGUGCCCACCGUACAGGGUCGGAGGAAACCCAAGUUUGACGGAGAACCCAAGAAACCUCCAGUGAGCGGCUAUCAGAUGUUCUCGCAGGAGCUGCUGACCAACGGCGAGCUGAAUCACUUCAGCCUGAAGGAGCGCAUGGUGGAGAUCGGUAAGCGCUGGCACAAGCUCAGCCAGAGUCAGAAGGACAAGUACAAGAAGCAGGUAGAGGAGCAGCAGCUGGAGUACAAAGCCGAGCUAGAAGCCUGGGUGAAGUCUCUAUCUCCUCAGGAACGAGCGGUUUAUAAAGAGUUUACUGCUGCAAAACGGCGAAGCACGUCAAAGACAGGAGGUCCCGGGGCCAAAGUGCGCGUCACCAAGGGCAAGGCGGUAGGUGACCGAGCUGCCGCGCUGGGGGCCGGGGGGGGCAAACGUUCCAUGGCGUACCGGGUCAAGGACACCUCAGAGUCAGAGGAGGAGGAAGAAAAGUCAGACUCGACAGAUUCCGAGGAGGAAGACGACGAGUCCUCCGGUUCCUCGGAUAGUGACGACGACGAGGAUGAGAACGAUGACGACGACCAGUCUGAGGGUUCAAGUGGCUCAACAGACGAUAGCAGCGAAUACGAUUCGGACUAAUGCAUCCGACCCUUAAAGGGUGUUUGGGGGCUGUGCAGGACACACCCCUUUAGCAACCUCCCUCGAGAAAAUGAGGGAGGGACCGGCGACUGUGAGCGCCACAGCACGCGCCAGUGUUUCCCUCUCGUCUAAGAAAGGGAGAGCACCUGCAAGGGCGACGGCUCUCCCCUCGAAAUGUCCACGUCACAGACUCAAAGUCAAGCGGACAACCUCUGUUAUUAACGAGCUGUUACGUGUGUGUUUAUUGAAGCAUUUUUAUUGCCUUUAUAUAGGUGUGUUAUUAAAUUGGUGUUGCCUGUUCCUUUUUUAAUCAUUUGAUAAAAGCAGUUUAAGUUUUUCGAGAGCGUCAUCGUUGGUCUGAGGUUGACCCUGGGUGAUGAAUGGAUUGAACAGAGUGCGAGACGCCCAGCCGCCUGGGAUGGAUGUUUGUACACCUCGGUCCAUUUGUUGAGGCUCAGAGCGCUGUGUUAAGCUACUCUGGUCAUGUUUGUUCAUUUUUUUUGGACAGAUCAGCCACAAUAAAUGCACUUUUUCUCUUUUA